CGCCCCUCCGACUCGACGAGUGUCUUGACUGGCUGAUCCCCAACUCCUCCCUCGCACUAUAAUCAAGAUGGCCGAAACGCUCCUUGAGACCUUCAAGCGGGACGUCUCCCUCUGCAACCAUUGCGAGCACGCCGUGCACCUCCAGCUUGACGUUCCCCCUUCUGCACCAAACAAUGCAAUCUUGCGCACCAACCGCCAGCUGUACUCCGUGGACAUGAUGAGAGCAGAAGAAAGCCUAGAGGAGAUGGAGAAGGCCCUACUGCAGGUGGAACAGGCGAAAGAUGCGCUUCAAGCAGCCUCCCGCCGUGUCGAGCGUCUCGAGCGCGAGCUCCUGCGCCGGCGGGAUGCCCAGCGCGCAUAUGCCGCGCCUGUUCGCAGACUGCCGAAGGGGAUUAUGUCCGAGAUCUUCCAACUCUCCUGUGGGGAUGAAAGCUGGCUCAACGAUAAAUAUCUCAUGCCACUCGUGCUCAGCUCCGUGUGUAAAUCAUGGCGAGACACGGCACACGCUACGCAUAGCAUUUGGGCAGACUUAAGCCUCGACUCAUGGGAGUUAGCUGGUACGACGCGUUCACCGGUCCUGCGUCGCCUGAAGCUGUUCCUUUCCCACUCCGGAAGCAUCCCCUUUCAGCGCUGCAUAGUGUAUUAUAGGCCGUUCACCGAGGCACUCUAUGUGUCUCAAGCCUUCGAAGCCCUUGUCGAACACGUGCAGCGCUGGACACAGCUCUUUGUUGGUCUCUGCGCGGUUGACGAAGGGCCCAGGAAGGAUUACUUCUCGUUCAAAGGCGAUUUCGGUAGAAUAUUCAGCCACUUGGAGGGAAAGGAGUUUUCCUGCCUUCGAUCCCUCACGGGCGAUCCAGACAUCCUCAGCGAGGGCAACGCCAAGGGCAUCUUCAGGCAUCUGCCUUCGCUGCGGGAUGUCACCCUCCACUGUAACGGCGACAUGCAUCCGGAGGUGCCACAGCUGCCAUGGGAGCAACUCGAGCAACUGGACCUGGAAGCAUCCCCGGCUUAUGCGGUUGAUAUUAUACGUCGCUGCUCCAACCUGGUCAACUUGCGGUUUACGAACAAACGGCGAGAGGAUCUGGAUGCAGCGCCGAAGCUGGCCGGAGGCCCGGUCGUGCUUCCCCGUCUCCGCACCCUCCGCGUCUUCGAAAGCGGCGGCAACAAAACUACCCUUUUGGACCGGUUGACCGCACCCUCGCUCGAGGAGGCCAUCCUCGAGUACGACUCCGUCGCUUCGAUCGACAAAACCGGAUUUCCCCUCUUCCUACCCCGAUCGCAUUGCCCCCUCCGAUGCCUCAUCUUAUACUCGUCUCACACGCUGACCAAGUCGUUCCUCGCGCUCUUACCGGAACUCGUCAAGCUCACGCUGUACACGGGCAAAAAGAGCACAGCCGGCUUUGUCAACAUGCUCACCCUGGGCGAUCGGAUCGGUCUCCCACGCUUUCUCCCCAGCCUGGAGGAGCUUCACAUAUUUGGCGAAAUCCAUGCGGAGUCGAACGCCAUGCUGGCGAUGGUUCGGGCACGUAGGGACUUCGGGCGUCCUAUUCAAACACUUUCCCUCAAGCAGAAAUGCCUGUACGGUAUCAGUGACUGGAUAGAUUACGAUGACAAGAAGUUCGAACAGUUAAAGACCUUAGUCCCCAACUACAAUAUCUCUUAG